AGGGAGCGGGGCGGAGGAGACUUGGCGGAGUUGGAGCGCGGCGCGGCCCCCCCUCGCCCCCCGCCUCACGCACCCGCCCCGGCCGGCUCUGCCCGCCCCGCGCGCUCCCUGUCCCGCCGGGGCCCGCCCGGGGCCACCCCCAUGGCUCCCCAGAAGCACGGUGGAGGUGCGGGGCCCAGCUCGGGCUCCGCUGGCGGCGCCGCCGGAGGAGGAGGAGGAGGAGGAGGCGGCGGCGGCGGCGGCGGCGGGUUCGGGGGCUCCGCCGCGGCGGCGGCUCCCGGCGGCAAAUCCGGCGGUGCCGCGGGCGGCGGCGGCGGCGGGGGCGGUGGGUACUCGGGCGGCUCCUCGGCCUCCUCGGCGGCAGCGGCGGCGGCGGCGGCGCUGCCCCCCGUGAAGAAGCCGAAGAUGGAGCAGAUCCAGGCCGACCACGACCUCUUUCUUCAGGCCUUCGAGAAACCAACACAGAUAUACAGAUUUCUCCGUACCCGGAAUCUCAUAGCACCAAUAUUUUUGCACAGAACUCUCACUUACAUGUCCCACAGAAACUCCCGAACAAAUAUCAAAAGGAAAACAUUCAAAGUAGAUGACAUGUUAUCAAAAGUAGAGAAAAUGAAGGGAGAACAAGAAUCUCACAGCUUGUCUGCUCAUUUGCAACUUACAUUUACUGGGUUCUUCCAUAAAAAUGAUAAGCCAUCACAAAACUCAGAGAAUGAACAAAAUUCUGUGACCCUGGAAGUUCUGCUGGUGAAAGUUUGCCACAAGAAACGAAAGGAUGUCAGUUGUCCCAUAAGACAGGUUCCUACAGGUAAAAAGCAGGUGCCUUUAAACCCAGACCUCAGCCAAAUCAAACCAGGCAACUUCCCCUCACUGGCAGUUUCCAGCAAUGAGUUUGAGCCCAGCAACAGCCACAUGGUGAAGUCCUACUCGCUGUUAUUCCGAGUCACUCGCCCGGGCAGGAGGGAGUUCAACGGGCUCAUCAACGGGGAGACGAACGAGAACAUUGAUGUCAAUGAGGAGCUCCCAGCCAGAAGAAAAAGGAACUCUUCAAACCGUGAAGAUGGGGAAAAGACAUUUGUAGCACAAAUGACUGUGUUUGAUAAAAACAGACGUUUGCAACUUCUGGAUGGGGAAUAUGAAGUGGCCAUGCAGGAAAUGGAAGAGUGUCCCAUUAGCAAGAAAAGAGCAACGUGGGAAACAAUACUUGAUGGGAAGAGGUUGCCUCCAUUUGAAACAUUUUCUCAGGGACCUACACUUCAGUUUACUCUUCGUUGGACAGGAGACACAAACGACAAGUCUACAGCUCCUAUAGCCAAGCCUCUUGCAACACGAAAUUCUGAGAGCCUCCCUCAAGAAAACAAGCCUAACUCUGUUAAACCUACUCAGACUAUAGCUGUGAAAGAAUCCUUGCCCACAGACCUUCAAACAAGAAAAGAGAGAGAUGUUUUAAAUGAACCUCGACAGAAGUUGCGAAUAUUUUACCAGUUCCUGUAUAACAACAACACGAGGCAGCAGACUGAGGCCAGAGACGACUUGCACUGCCCCUGGUGCACCUUGAACUGUCGGAAGCUCUAUAGUUUACUCAAACACCUGAAACUCUGCCACAGCAGAUUUAUCUUUAAUUAUGUUUAUCAUCCCAAAGGUGCUCGGAUAGACGUGUCCAUCAACGAGUGCUACGACGGCUCCUACGCGGGGAACCCCCAGGACAUCCAUCGCCAGCCGGGCUUCGCCUUCAGCCGCAACGGGCCGGUCAAGAGAACCCCCAUCACACACAUCCUGGUUUGCAGGCCAAAGCGUACGAAAGCAAGUAUGUCAGAAUUCCUGGAGUCUGAGGAUGGGGAGGUGGAGCAGCAGAGGACCUACAGCAGCGGGCACAACCGGCUGUACUUCCACAGUGACACGUGUCUGCCCCUCCGCCCCCAGGAGAUGGAAGUGGACAGUGAGGAUGAAAAGGACCCGGAGUGGCUGCGGGAGAAAACCAUCACUCAAAUCGAAGAAUUUUCUGACGUUAACGAAGGAGAGAAAGAAGUGAUGAAAUUAUGGAAUCUUCAUGUUAUGAAGCACGGGUUUAUUGCUGACAAUCAAAUGAAUCAUGCCUGUAUGCUGUUUGUGGAAAACUAUGGACAGAAAAUCAUCAAGAAGAACUUGUGUCGAAACUUUAUGCUCCACCUGGUCAGCAUGCAUGACUUUAACCUCAUCAGCAUCAUGUCCAUAGACAAAGCUGUGGCCAGGCUCCGAGAGAUGCAGCAGAAGCUGGAGAAGGGAGAAUCGGCCUCCCCGACGGACGAGGAAUCUUCUGAGGAACAGAGUGGGACAGCAAAUGGAUACAGUGAAAAUACCGCGCGCGAGAGGAUUUCAGAAGUGGAAAGCAUCUCAGGUGUCACGAAACAGAGCAAGAAACAGAAGCUCUGAAGUCAAAAAAAUCUGUCAUUCAACGGACAAAGCAUUGAAGUGACAUUCUAAGGGUGCAUGAGCUCCAUAAAGAAUUACACACAGAAGUACAGAGGUUCCAAACAGGCACUGCUGGAUGGAAAUAAAUGAUUUCAACAAGGA